AUGACAGCGACCACAGCCGAAGUUUGCCCCACCAAAGCUCGCAAAACUGGCCUGUCGUCGAAGAUCGGCAAGAUUUUUGGUUCGGGGAAGAACGCUUCGGCGGAAUCAUCAUCAUCCGACGUAAGCUCAGUGAGACAAGCCCACAUACCAUCCCCUUCUAACUCGUCACUGUCAUUGGAGAGCUCUAACAUCGAUUAUCAGAAGGGGUCCCUAAUACCAUCACGACCCAGCUCGCCACCUGCAUCCUUGAACGGACGCGUGUCUUACGGCGGUGUGCAUGAUGAAAGUUCCAUUUCCGCGCUCAAAUAUCGGUCAGAUAUCAAUGAUAAGCCUUCUGCUAGCUCCUUGAAUAUCGCUGCUAUGGCGUCCGCAGGGUCCGGCAGAUUUGUGAUACUUGAAAAUAACAUGCAUGAGCAUCACUUGAGGAACGCAAAGCGCCAAGAAAAACUCAGCAGCAUGAUUAAAAAUAUUUUGGGUGCUCAAAAACUGCGAGGCGAAGCAAAGUCAGCAGUGCCGGAUAUCCUCAUGAACCAGAAAAACCAGAAAAGUACGUCAGACCCACCUUCUUUAUUUUCGGGAUUUGUUAGACAAGCAUCGACCUUAGACCGGAAUACGCCCUACAGUGGUGCCUCACAAAGUGCAAAGAAGUUCUAUUACAAAGAGAAUAAUAGACCAGGUGUGAAGAAUUUGGAUACUGAAGCUAUUUCGAUGCUAAACGAAAAUUCCGCUUGCUUUGCCGAAAAGUACGGUCGCUGCCAGGAAGUGGUCGGUAAAGGCGCCUUCGGGGUUGUGAGAAUCUGUCAUAAAAAGUCUCAAGAUGAGCCCAAUGGCGAAAAACUCUUUGCGGUCAAGGAAUUCAGGAGAAAACCCACAGAGUCCCCUGAAAAAUAUUCUAGAAGACUGACAUCUGAAUUUUGCAUCUCUUCUUCCUUGAAGCACACUAAUAUCAUUAUGCCACUAGACUUAUUUCAAGACGCCAAGGGUGAUUAUUGCCAAGUGAUGGAGUAUUGCUAUGGAGGCGACUUGUUCACUUUAAUAAUCGCUGCUGGCAGACUCGAAUACAUGGAAGCCGACUGUUUCUUCAAACAGCUGAUACGCGGUGUUGUGUAUAUGCAUGACAUGGGCGUAUGUCAUCGUGAUUUGAAACCCGAGAACUUACUCCUGACCUCUAACGGUGUUCUAAAAAUUACGGACUUUGGGAACAGCGAAUGCUUCAGGAUGGCAUGGGAGAAGGAUAUUCACCUUAGCGGCGGAGUCUGCGGUUCAAGUCCAUACAUUGCCCCUGAGGAAUAUACACAUGAAGAAUUCGACCCAAGACCAGUCGACAUCUGGGCGUGUGGUGUUAUUUAUAUGGCCAUGAGGACUGGUCGACAAUUGUGGAGUACGGCUCAAAAGGAAGAUGAAUUCUUCUCGAGAUAUUUAACUGGUAGGAAAGACGAAGCAGGGUACGAACCUAUAGAAAAGCUAAAAAGGGCUCGUUGUCGCAACGUCAUAUAUUCCAUCCUUGAUCCCGUCCCAAGUAGGAGAAUCAGUGGGAGGCAAAUUUUGAACAGUGAAUGGGGUCGAGAGAUUAAGUGCUGCCACGAGGGUCAACCGUUGAAGGAAGAGUGA